CCUUUUUUAUUACCUUUUAACAUAUUUUCUCUUGCAAUUCGCUCCCUCUUCGAAACUCUCUUCUCGGCCGAUCACCUUUCUUUCGCUUAUUCUCGGCGUUUUUCUCUCUCUCCAAACACUCCUUAAUUUUUAUCUCCGCGCACUCCAAAUCCUUUCGAUCGCCUCUGAUUUUAUCUGACUCCUCACCGAUCUCUCUUUUUUGCCUCACUCCACUGGGGAUAGGUUGGCUGAUAUUAUCUGUGGGAUAUACUGAUAUGCGACAAAUUGGACUAUCUUUUACAUGAAUUUCGUUUACAAUGUUCAAUGUACAAUUAAGUGGCUUUCUGUGAGUUACUGGCUUUGGCUUUUCUGUGUGCAUAAAUGCCAGUUCCAAAACUCAGGGCCUCAAACGAUACAGAUGUAAUGAAAACGGAGGAGGGACAUGAUUCCCUAGACACUGUUAUAAGGCAAGCAAUUGGAAAAGAGACCUCCCUUUCAUUCUCAAGGGCUGGUGAUAACCCAGUACAGUGGUUCCAAUUACUCCAUGCUCUAGACCAGCAAGAUCUCCCGGGCUGGCCUUUGCUGACUCCUUUGAAGGUGCAGAUGCAAAAGUGUGACAAGUGUUCCCGAGAGUUUUGUUCGUCCAUUAACUAUAGAAGGCACAUACGUGUACACCAUCGACUGAAAAAGCUUGAUAAGGACUCUGCCAAAAAUAGGGAGCUCUUAGGAACAUUUUGGGACAAGCUCUCUGAUGACGAGGCAAAGGAGAUAUUGUCUUUCAAGGAUGUGGCACUGGAGGAAGUUCCAGGUUCUUCAGUUGUAAAGUCGUUGACAGCACUCAUUCGGAAACCAGGAUUUUCUUCCCUUCCGCAAUAUUGUUUAAAAGCUGGUUCUGCCCUUUUGGAUAUUAUCCAAGCUAGGCCUUCCAGGUUUCCUUUGUCUUCUGUGGAUCUGUUUAGCAUCCUGGAUGAUGCAAGUGAAAAAACUUUCCUCUGUGGAACAGCUGCCUCAAUGCAAAAAUAUAUUUUUGAUGGUGAAGCUGGGAAAAUUGGGCUUGAAAUGAAGAAUUUAGUGGCUUGCACCAGCUUUCUAGUGGAGCAGAAAUUGGUAAAAGUAUGGCUUGCUGACAAGGAUGCUGAAGCUUUAAGAUGCCAAAAGUUACUUGUGGAGGAAGAAGAAGCUGCACAGAGAAGACAAGCUGAGCUCUUGGAGAGGAAGAGGUUGAAAAAGCUCAGGCAAAAAGAACAGAAAGCUAAGGAGCUAAGGCUAGUGGAGCAAGCAGAUCUUAUGGAGCGGAUUGAUGAGACGGUGGAGGCUGUAUCUUCAGCUGAACAACCCUGUCUGUUGACUGCAUCUGAUUCUGAACUGCAUGGUCUGGAAGCACUCCCAGAUCAUUUCCCUUCGUCUGUUGAGCCCUUUCAACAUCCAAACACAGAUGAAGAUGUGGAUUUGGAAAUUCAAGCAGGGUCUGGCAGUGGAAACAGUGAUCAUGGCACUAGUCAUAUUGUUGAGCAUAGGAUGUCACGACGAAAUAAUCACAGACAUUUAAUUGCUCGAUGGCACAUGUCUCCAAAAUCACAGUGGAAUCAUGUACCAAAUGGUUUCCAUGCAAGUGAAAAUUCUCAAGCUUCAAGAUUGAGCACUGGACAGAAACAUGGAAAUCAUAGAGACUUAAAAUCUGUGCCUGCUAUAAAUGGCAACAGAAAAUGGAGCCGAAAACUUAAAGUGGGUUAUAAUGGGGAUUCUUUGAAAACUAGAGCACAUAAAGAAGCAAUAACCCAACCAGAUCAUAACAAGAAGCAUAAGGUUCUGAUUGGUUCUAUACCUGUUACACUUGGGAACUGCAGCCAACAGGAGGGUAACAACUUUGAUGGGGCUAGAGAUGCUUGUAUGUCAGAGCAUCAAAUUCCAAAGAAGAACAUUGUUCAGGAGAAGUACAAUAGACCUGAUUCUUCUCACUGCAGCACAAGUCGAUCAACGAUAAAGCUCUGGCGGCCUGUAAGUAGAAAUGGAAUUAGAAGUCCAAUGCUAGUUGAAAAUGGUGAUAGAGAAUUUCAAGUUGAUGGUAAUGAUCAUAAUGGAUCCAGUGAAAACUGUCCAAGUGUGUACUCUGUGGAUGACAAUUAUGGAGGAACAGGGAAUAGUUCUCCACUCCUGCAGGAGAGACCGUAUCCAAAAAGUUUGUGGUUCUCAUGCCAAGCAGCAACAGCAUUUCUUAUGGAAAGGUGGAAGGAGGCCAUUGCCGCUGCACAUGUCAAAUUGGUCCUAUCUCCAGAGUUGGAGUGCAUGGAGAUUGAAAAUAACUAUCUAGUAGAUAUAGGUGAAUCAUCAGAGAUUAAAAAAUGUAAUCUGAUUGGCAAUGCAGAGAAUCAGUUCAUUGAAGUGGGGAUGCACGAGUCUUCAACCAGCGGAGCUGCUAAAGGUAGGUUCAAGACAAGGCUUGAGAAAAGUGUCAAGUUAAAGUAUAUCCCGAAGCAAAAAACUGUCAUCUAAUAAAGACGAAGAGAAGUGCGCCAUUUUUUUCCUCAUUUAUUGUUAUACAAAAAUGCACAGUUGAAUCGCCAUUAAAUUCUUAGCAGAGGUUCCAGUUUUACCGAAGGUCUUCUGUCAGCAAAUUGAAGAAAGGUUUUCUUUCUGUUUCUUUUUUCUCUCUUUUUCUGGAAAGUCUUUUUUGUCAGAAAAUACUUUAGUUGUAUUAGCUGAUUUGAUUAGUGCAUUACUUUUGGCUUAAUGGUUCAAAUUAUUCUGUAAUAA